ACGCUGGCAGCAAGCUUUAAAACUACUUCGGUCUUGCAAAUAAUUGAAAAUAAUUACAAGACAUUUUGUUCUACAAAUGACAUGAUGAUAGAGGAUACUUUAAAUAUAAAAGCAAAGGUCAUUAGUGUAUUACAAUCAGUCAAUAUGGCAGAAUCUAGAGCAUCGAAAUUGGAUAUUGAUGAUUUUCUUAAACUUCUUUACGCGUUUAAUCAGGCAAACAUUCACUUUUGUUAA